CCCAUCUCCGAAUAAUCUCUUUCUACUUUCCUUCUCUCUAAUUUUACUUUUCUCUUUCUUUCUUUCUUCGGUAUGGACAAUUGAUGCUCUCUCCCUCCGAUGUAAGCGUAUGCUGUGCAAAUGCAGCGUUAAGCCUCCCCCCACCCCGACUGACUGCCGCCCCUAAGCCCUUCCACAUAGAUCUACGAGGUCCCUUCUAUCAGGAAAUACAGGCAGUUUCUUUGUAGCGGACAGCUGGUCCAGCCACCCUUGAAACCCUGCGUCGCUAUGGUGCACCCCUGUGGCCUACUCACCCGCCAAGAGGAGCCAGUACCACUGAAGAGCAUCUCUGUGACCUUGUCCAUUUGUGAGUUUGUGGCUGGUGUGUCUGCAACUUUAAACUAUGAGAAUGAGGAGCAAGUCCCUUUGGAGGCCUUCUUUGUGUUCCCCGUGGACGAAGACUCCGCCGUGUGCAGCUUUGAGGCCGUGGUGGACGGGAAGAGAAUCGUGGCAGAAUUACAGGACAAGACGAAGGCCCACACCAACUAUGACAAUGCCAUCUCCCAGGGCCACCAGGCCUUCCUAUUGGAGGAGGACAAGUACUCCAGGGACGUCUUCUGUUGUAAUGUGGGGAACCUCCCCCCUGGGUCAAAGGUGGCACUCACCCUGAGGUAUGUGCAGGAGCUGCCCCUGGAAGCAGAUGGGGCCCUGCGCUUCCUGCUCCCAGCUAUCCUGAAUCCUAGAUACCAGCUCUCUGGACUGCCUGAGGACAGUUGCCUUAAAAUGAAGACUCCCAUAGUCCCUUUGGAAGACCUGCCCUACACACUCAGCAUGGUCGCCACCAUCAACUCCCAGCAUGGCAUUGAGAGGGUGCAGUCCACCUGCCCCUUGAGUCCUAUUGAGUACCUUGGAGACAAUAAGACUUCUGUUCAGGUUUCCCUGGCUGAUGGACACAAGUUUGAUCGAGAUGUGGAACUCCUGAUCUACCACAGUGAGGUGCACACUCCCAGUGUAGCUGUGGAGAUGGGGGUGCCUGAAAGCAAGCCAGAUUGUUUGAUGGGAGAUCCAUGUGCAAUGGUGAGUUUCUAUCCAAAUAUUCCAGAAGCUCAGCCACCAAUUACCUGUAGAGAAUUUAUCUUCCUCAUGGACCGCUCAGGAAGUAUGCAGAGCCCCAUGAGUAGACAAGAUAGGUCUCAGCUGCGCAUAGAAGCCGCCAAGGAAACACUGAUUUUGCUGCUGAAGAGUUUGCCUAUGGGCUGUUAUUUUAACAUCUAUGGAUUUGGAUCUUCCUAUGAGGCAUUCUUUCAGGAGAGUGUGAAGUACACGCAGCACACCAUGGAGGAGGCACUGAGGAGAGUUCAGCUUAUGGAAGCAGACCUGGGGGGCACUGAAAUCUUGACACCACUCCAGAACAUCUGCAGGGGACCCUGCAUCCCAGGCCACCCCCUACAGCUUUUUGUCUUCACAGAUGGAGAAGUUACUGACACAUUUACUGUAAUUAAAGAAGUUAGGAUCCACAGCCAGAAACGCAGUUGCAGAUGUUUCUCAUUUGGUAUUGGAGAAGGGGCCUCCACCAGCUUAAUAAAAGGCGUUGCCCGCGUAUCAGGGGGCACUUCAGAAUUUAUCACAGGCAAGGACAGGAUGCAGUCCAAGGCUCUUAGAUCCCUGAAGCGUUCUCUACAGCCUGUGGUAGAGGACAUCUGUUUGAGCUGGGAUUUGCCUCCUGGCCUAUCGGCUAAAAUGCUUUCCCCAGAACAGAACGCCCUCUUUAGGGGUCAGAGGUUAAUCGUCUAUGCCCAGUUGACUGGGAUGAUGCUGCCAGCAGAGGCAGCAGGAGAAGUAAGCCUCCAGUACACACUCCAGGGCAAGAGUUUCGAGGAUAAGGUGAUGUUUUCUGUAAAACCCAAGCCCGACAGCAACCUUACAAUUCACCGCCUUGCUGCCAAGUCCUUGCUCCAGGCCAAGGACAUGGGCUUCAGAGAGACGCCAGCAAGUGCUAAAAAAGAGGUGUUGAACAUCAGCCUUGAGUCUGGAGUCAUAAGCUCCUACACAGCUUUCAUUGCCAUCAACAAGGAGCUCAACAUGCCAGUUCAGGGUCCCCUGGCUCGUAGGGAUAUUCCAAGGCCAAUUCUGUUGGGAGCUCCUGCUAUGAUGCCAAAAUACUGUGGAGGUGCUUGCCCACGGGCCUUAUCCUCCUACCACCUUCGUCCUGCACCUCAGCCCACGAGGAGCAUAUUGUUUUGUGCGACUAUGACAUCCCAGCAGAACGGUUAUGAUCGCUGUAGGUCGAUGAAUCGCAAGGGCCCGUGCAGUGCAGUCUUUGGAGAGAACCAUCUUGUACAGCUGAUUUCUCUCCAAAAUGCAAACGGUUCCUGGGAUCUGAAUGCAGAUCUGGCCAAGGUCUUAGGAAAAAGUUUGGAAGACAUGCUGGCUGCACUCCCUGCUGAGCUUGUGGAUUCCUUGGGCUGGGCCACAGUUCUAGCUGUGAUCUGGCUGCACACCAAUGGCAAGGACUUGAAGUGUGAGUGGGAGCUUCUGGAAAGGAAGGCUGUCGCCUGGAUUCGCAUCCAUGCAGGCUCCACCCUGCAUGCACUUGUGAAGGCUGCUAACACUUUCCUGAAGUCAUCUGUGAAUCCUGCUGUCUUUGCCCUCUGAGGAUACCGUCCAGAAAAAGAAGUGCCUCUGCUUGCCUGCUGUCACUUCCUUCACCGACUCCUCAGCUGUGAUAUGUUUUUAUUUUACCUCUCCUAUGGGUUUCUUGCCAUAAAAAUAAAGGAUGCCUACCCCACAUUUUCUCUGUG